AUGAAAUCAUCAUCAUCUUCAUGGGAAGAAAAGGCUUUUGCAGAAGAGACGGUUGGGGGUUGCAUAUGGCCACCAAGAUCUUACUCUUGUAGCUUUUGUAUGAGAGAGUUUAGGUCAGCUCAAGCCCUAGGAGGCCACAUGAAUAUCCAUAGAAGAGAUAGAGCUAGGCUUAAGCAAUGCCUAAAUAAUAUUAGUCCACCCAACAACCCUCAUGAUCAUGAUAUUAUUCUAGAUCAACAUCAAUAUCUUUCUUCUAAACCGUCGAUGAUCAUGACCUUAGAUAAACCGUUUCUUUUGCCUUGUUUUGACCGAAAAGAAGAAGAAGAUGUAGAAACAGAUUUGUGUGUGGGCCAUGGCAGCAGGAACAACAAACCAAUAAUUAAUAGUACUCCCCAACUUUUUCGUGAUGAAGAAGAUGAUGAUGAUGAUCAUAGUAAUAAUAAUAUCGAUACAACAAUAUCCAAGGCUGCUGCUGAUCAUGAUCUUGUUUCUCCUCUUGAGGUUUUCUUCAAGCCCUCUUCUUACAUUCAUGAUCAUUCUCUUCAUCGCCGAUCACAGGUAAUUGAAGUCAACGCUUCAUAUAAUUCCAAUAAUAAUAUGGAUGAUUUGGAUCUUGAGCUUAGGCUUGGUCACCCUCGUAAAAUAGUCAAAUAG